AUGGAUGCCGAUGUCGAUGCGAUCGAUACCGAUGCUGAUGAUGAUGACGAUGCUGGUAUAUUCAGCAUCGCCAAUGACUGCCACAGUGAGGGCAAGGAAGCUUUCACUGGUGAAGACAACCUUCUUUCAGCAGUGCACACGAUGCACACUACUGUUAUCAAGGAUGAAUCCGCAGAGUAA